AUGGAUAAAUAUUUUAAAGGAAAGCGAAUUCUCGUUACUGGCGGUUGCCAAGGCAUCGGCCAAGGUAUAGCCCUUGAGUUAUGGAAGCAAGGCGCGGACGUCGUCAUCAUAUCUAAUCAACCGGACAAUUUAAAGACUAUUAAAAUAGAGUAUCCGUCAAUCGAAACAGCAUGCGUUGACCUCCGUGACUGGGACAAGACCAGAGAUGUUAUCAAUUCCUUGGGUGUGUUUGAUGGUUUAGUAAAUAAUGCAGGAAUUGCCAUAAUUGAACCGUUUUUAGAAUGUUCACCAGAUAGUUUAGACGAGACUAUAUCAGUAAAUGUCAAGGCUAUCCUGAAUGUAAGUCAAGUGUUGGCGAAAAAAAUGAUAGAAAACAAGAUUAAAGGAUCUAUUGUGAACAUAUCCUCACAGGCUUCGAAGGCUGCUCUGAUUGAUCAUGCUGCAUACUGUGCUUCUAAAGGUGCAGUCGACUCUCUAACCAGGGUUAUGGCCGUGGAAUUGGGACCACAUGAUAUUCGUGUAAACACAGUUAACCCAACAGUUAUAAUGACGGACAUGGGUCGCAAGGUUUGGGCAGCACCUGAAAAAUCACAUGGUAUGAUGUCAAAAAUACCCCUUGGAAGGUUCGGAGAAGUACAUGAGGUGGUCAGUACAGUGUUAUUUCUACUGAGUGACAGCGCGAGUAUGAUAUCAGGUGUUCAUCUGCCCGUCGACGGGGGUUUCCUAGCAACUUGA